GCCCCCUCCACCCUGUUCGCCAGGAGUGACAGGACGGUUGCAGCAGCUCCAGCUCCAGCUCCAGCUCCAGCUCUCGGUCGCUGAAAGAGUCGUGCGAGGCUCGGAGGAGAGCGGGUCGGUCGAUCGGUCGGUCGGUCGGUCAGGAGAGGAGAAGCAAGCGCAACCUUCCCCAUCGGGCUGCAAACCUGCUGCACAGGCACGUGCGCGCCUGCCCUUACAUUCCGCUCGCGCUUGUCCGCGUUUUGUCCUGCGCGCUUUGCGUGCAACCGACCUUGGGCGGAACGCGCGUAGUACCGAUAAGCCUAGACGGGACAAAAGUCCUUUUUAAGUCGCCGACGAGUCCGGGGGUUUGUUCCGAGGACCGCACACCUCGUGCCCAGACAGCAGGGGAGAACAUGGCAGACCGCGAGCAACUCAUCCAGCGAGCACGACUGGCGGAGCAGGCGGAGCGCUACGAUGACAUGGCCUCCGCGAUGAAACUGGUGACGGAACUGAAUGAGCUUCUGUCCAGCGAGGACCGGAACCUGCUGUCCGUCGCCUACAAGAAUGUGGUGGGGGCGCGGCGCUCGUCCUGGCGCGUCGUCUCCAGCAUCGAGCAGAAGACGGCCGUCAACGGCAGCGAGAAGAAGCUGGAGCUGGUGCAAGCCUACCGUGAGACCAUUGAGAAGGAGCUGGAAGCCGUGUGCCAGGACGUGCUGGGCCUCCUCGAUCGCUACCUCAUCAAGAACUGCGACGACAGCCAGCUGGAGAGCAAGGUCUUCUACCUGAAGAUGAAGGGCGACUACUACCGCUACCUGGCCGAGGUGGCCACGGGCGAGAAGCGCGCCUCCGCCGUCGAGUCCUCGGAGGGCGCCUACAAAGAGGCGUUCGACGUAUGCAAGAGCAUGCCAGCCACGCACCCCAUCCGCCUGGGCCUGGCGCUCAACUUCUCCGUCUUCUACUACGAGAUCCAGAACACGCCGGAGCAGGCCUGCCAGCUGGCCAAGGAGGCGUUCGACGAGGCCAUCGGCCACCUAGACAAUCUGAACGAGGACUCGUACAAGGACUCCACGCUCAUUAUGCAGCUCCUGAGGGACAACCUGACCCUCUGGACCAGUGACCAGCAGGACAGUGAGGGCGGCGAGCCCAAUAACUGAGUCCCUACCUGGUCUGCACUUAUGCUAGCUAUCGUAGUCCACAACCCCCUCUGUUCUCGAUAUCCAUUUGCUUUUCUUUGCUUUCACCAGGGUUGCUUUUGCCUUGUGGACCUUGGCAGCCUGUCUUUUGGUGUUUUUGCUUUCCAAAAACCCUUUUACCUCUAAGUGUUGCUCUCUCGCUCGUUCUCUCUUCGACUUUACCCUCUUUCCCUGUCUUGCGGUUCCUGCAGCCCCGUUCCCAUAGGCCGCUCCUCUCCUCCUCCCAUGAUGAGCUGAUAAUUAGCCUACUGCUCUCCAAGUGACAUUUACUUAGUGUGUUCUCUUUAGGACUCUCCAUGGGGACUCUAAAUCAAUGCUAGAUUAUGCGAUGAGGAAAUCUGAGUACUAUCCGCAGCACUGUCUGGUGCAGCCGCUCCGACUUGCGGCCAGGUUGUGUGGUUGUAACCUCCUCGUGCGCCUCUCCUCUGUAUCUCUUAUCAUGUGCUUAGACGUGUGUGAAUCUGUCUUCUCUUUGACACUGCAUUGUUGUGAACGCUGCUAGUCCUGUGCACUGUGUUUGCCCGCAGCUAACUGGUCAGUCACCUGCCGCCAGUCGUGGGCAGGUCACUGGCUGGAGUCUGUGGGGCAUGAGAGCCUUUGUUUAAGGUUACACAUGCGAUGAGUGAAAGAACACCAUUAAAGACCAUCGCCUGCCGGGGGAGCUCCGACACCCGCCUCCACGUCUAGUGCUUUAUCCACUUUAGUUAGUUCAUGCAUUUGAGUGGUUAAAUGUUAUCUUGUUUUGCUUCCCUCUCACUCACACACACAACACAUGGAACACAGAUGGAACAUGCACACCUUUUUAACAGUCAGCUUCCAUCUAGCAUGAUGGAAGCUGACUGCUAAAAAGGUGUGCAUGUUCCAUCUGAAUGAAGAUGGAUAAAUUCUUUUUUUUAUGUUAACUUUUAAAGUGCUGUUGGGUUUACUCUUAAGGUUUUACAUUCAUUGCUACGGAAAUGUUUCUUUAAUGACCAUAUAAGGGUGUAGUCUUCCACAUAUACGGUGAGGAUUACUCAUUUGUUCUUAUAAUUAAUAAAGAUUACGCAUGUGGUGGUACUGA